AUGUCCAAUUCGCAUUUGUUUCUCAAAUCUGGUUUCCCGCGAGCCCCACUACAGAAUGGAAUCGGUCGUUACGUGUGCCAACUGCAGCGUAUCACCCUGAAGUACUGUAAAACCAGCGGGUCCAGCAAGGGAAUGCGCGAGUUCCUCGAACAGGAACUGGUCGAUUUCAGCCGGUCCAAUCCGGGUGUGGUGGUGUACGUAAAGCCCCGGCGCCACCGAACGGCCGUAAUGUCGGCUGAAUUUUUAAACGGAGAGCGAACGUGGAUAAACUGUCGCAACAAUACGCGCGAGGAAAUCUCCAAAUGGAUCCAGGUGCUGAAACAGUCGAACGGUCGGGCGGAGGAAAUGCGCUUACGUAAACACUGGCACACGGAAGUGCCGAGUGUACAGGGUGCCUGGACACCGUUCACCCAUCGUCAUCCAUCGACAAAUGUAACCGAUUUCCCUUCCAAAAAAUUGUCCCAGCUAAAGGAAGACGUACCCAGUGCCACCGAAAAGCUGCUCGAGCUGUAUCUGGCGAAACGGAAUACAACGUCCCAGGACGGGCCACAAGAAACUAAAUAA